AGACAAGAGCUGCCACAGUGGCAGAAGCUUAGCUGCAGGACCAGAAAGUAACAGAGAGGUGCAUUCAUAAUAUGUGCAGCAGAAGCAGCAAGAAUCAGGAGAGAGAAGAAACAGAGGGAAAGCAGGUGGCAGCAUUAUAAUCAGAACCAUCAGUUUUAUCCAUGUGCAGAAGAUUCUGCAGGGAAAAUGGUCCUUACAAAAAUAAAUAUACCUCUCUCUUUCUUUCUUCUUCCUUUCACUCGGUAGGAACACUGUUUUCCUUUUUUUUUUAUUCUUUACCAUUUCACCUUAGAAAGUCCAACCCCUGCUGCUGCUUCUUCUUCCUCUUCUAAUUUUCACUUUGCUGGUGUCAUUUCCUCUCUUGACAUCUUCCUUUUCCUCCUCCCUUUUACUUUCUUCUUCUUGGUGAUGAGUGGAGGAAACAGAUUUCCCUUUACUGCUUCACAAUGGCAAGAGCUUGAACACCAAGCUCUGUUCUUUAAGUACAUGAUCUCUGGCGUUCCUAUUCCCCCUGAUCUUCUCAUCUCCAUCAAAAGAAGAUGCUUUGAUUCUACCAAGCUUUUCCCCCGUCAGCCUCAACACAUAGGAUGGAACUGUUUCCAGAUGGGUUUGGGAAGGAAAAUUGAUCCAGAGCCAGGACGGUGCCGGCGAACGGACGGGAAGAAAUGGAGGUGCUCCAAGGAAGCAUACCCAGAUUCCAAAUACUGUGAGAGGCACAUGCACAGAGGGAAAAACCGUUCAAGAAAGCCUGUGGAAGUCACCCCAGCUGCUGCAACGCCGUCAGCAGCAGCAGAUCCGUCGACAGCAACAGUCGCAUCAAUCGCCAAGAACCACAUCCCUCCGUCGCAUCAGCUUCACUAUCCCGUCAAUCACCCAUUUCUGUUUCCCCUUACUUCAAGGCCUCUUGGGAGUAGUCUGUCACCUCAAGAAAACGCCACCCACUCCCUCCUAGACUCUGGCUCUUUCUCCAGGACUAACGCAGAUUACAGAAGGAACAGUUACGUUUAUGGUGUUAAAGAAGAUGUGGAUGAACAUGCUUUCUUCUCAGAACCUUCUGGAACAAUGAGGAGCUUUUCUGGUUCAUCAAUGGAGGAUUCAUGGCAACUUACACCAUUGACAAUGAGCUCCACUUCUUCAUCUACUCCUUCAAAACAGAGGAACAAUGAAUACUCAUGCUUACAGCUGCAGAGCCUCCAUGAUUCGAGUCCAAAACAGAACAAGCACGAGCAGCAACAGUUUUAUGUAUUAGGAAAUGAAACCAAAGGUGGGAUGCCUACUAAAUUGGAGAAAAAUGAAGAACCCCAGAAAACAGUGCAUCGGUUCUUUGAUGAAUGGCCUCCAAACCAUAGAGAUUCAUGGCUUGAUUUAGAUGAUAAAACAUCAAACAAAGCAUCACCUACAACAACAGCCAGGCUCUCUAUAUCCAUCCCCUCUUCUCACGACUUUCCAAUCUUCAACUCAAGAACACAUAGUGAUGGGUGAAUUUCCAUUUUCCAGGAUUGGGUUUCUGCAUUGAAUGCCAAGAAUUUAUGUAGUACUUUGUGUGAAUUCUAAUAACUAGGGAUGUCUUUUUUUUUUUUUUUUUUGGGGGGGGGGGGGGGUGUGGAGAUAGGAAUGGCUAGGGGUGAAAUUGCAUAUUGUAUCAUGUGUGGUUUAAUGAAGGAUCCAAUGUAUUUUCGGUUUUUUGUUCAGUUGUUUUCUCAAGCAAUUAAAGUUUACUCCAGCAAAGUCUGAUUUGUUGGGUAGGAAAGCAAACCCACUUAGGUCAUGUAUGUUUGGGAAGAGUAAUGCCUAUUGCUUUGUCAAAUCAUCAAAGAAAGACAAAAUUGAGAAAAUUACUCGGCAAGUGAGGAAUAAUUCUUCUGUAAGAUU